AUGCGAUUUUCAUUGAUAUUAGCGUUUGCUACGGCAGCUUUAGCAGCGUGCAAUGGUCAUGAUGAGCUCUGCGGGCGAAAAUAUUCGGACAUCACUUUCAUUGGGACGCACAACAGCGCUUUUGUUGGAGAGCUUCCAAUUAACAACCAAUACAUCUCAGUCUCAGAACAACUCAAUUUAGGCGUACGGUUCUUGCAGGCUCAGACACAAGACAAGGAUGGCAAUAUACAGAUGUGCCACACUCACUGCUGGCAACUGGACGCUGGACCAUUGCAUAACUAUCUAGAAGAGAUAUCAGAAUGGCUCGGGAAGAACCCAGAUGAGGUUGUGACGAUACUACUGACGAACGUCGAUGCCCUGCCGAUUGAAAAGUUCGACGAAGCUUUCAGUUGUGCAGGGUUAAAAGACCUUGUCUUUCGUCCUAAGAAGAGGCUUUCUCAAGACGAGUGGCCAACUCUGCAAGAGCUACUUGAUGAUGGAACUCGGCUUAUUGUAUUCAUGGAUUUCAACAUGGAUGUGAGCAAAGUUGACUACAUACUUGAUGAGUUCCACUAUUUCUGGGAGACUCCAUUCGGUGAAACCGACUCCUCGUUUCCAACCUGCAAGGUUGACCGCCCGGAGAAGGGGGAUCCAACUGUACUCAUGGGGAUUAUGAACCAUAUGUUGAACUACGACAUCAUGGGUGUCGUCGUCCCAAAGCAGGCCAAUGCAGAGAAGACGAAUUCAGAGUAUUCUAUCCAAAAACAGGUAUACCUUUGCGAGAGCAGCUGGGGCAGGCGACCGAAUGUCGUUCUUUUGGACUGGGUUAACGUUGGAGAGGCAAUGGACGCCCAGAUAUCUCUGAAUGGUUUAUGA